AUGGCCGAUUUCAACGAUAAGCUGAACGGCACGUGGCUGAUUGCCCUGAUCACUCUUCUAGAUGCAUUCAAUUCGUGCUGGUUCGGUUACGACCAAGGCGUCUUCGCUGGAGUUCUCGUCUCCCCAGACUUCCUGAGACAGUUUCCAGCAACACUUGAUGCAGACGUCUCCGGAAUCACAUCGAGCUGCUUCUUCCUGGGGGCAUUCUUCGGUGCCAUUGGAGCUUUCAUCCUGGGAGACAAGCUCGGUCGUCGCAGAACGAUCGCCCUGGGAGUGAUCUGUAAUGUGGUGGGCUCCAUCUUACAGGCUCUCUCAUGGCAUCUGCCGCAGAUGAUCGUUGGCCGCCUGGUCAACGGGUUUGGCAUCGGACUUGUCUCUUCCAUGUCCCCGGUAUACCUGUCAGAAUGUGCACCAUCGCACGUACGUGGUAUGCUUCUGGCAGUCGGCGCAUGCUGUAACGUCGCAUGUUUCUGCGUCGCCAACUGGAUUGCCUUUGGCCUCUAUUACGACGACUCGGCAUUCCAAUGGCGGUUUCCCCUUGCUUUCCAGCUAGUAUUUCUCAUCAUUGUCGCUCCCAUUCUAUUCUUCGUCCCGGAGUCGCCUCGGUGGUUGCUUCUGGUUGGCCGCGACGAGGAAGCCCUCCAUGUACUGUCCAGACUGGCAGGCCACAGCAAGAAUAUCGGGGACAAAACCGUGACGGCUGAGUUCCAGUCUAUCAAAGCGGCUAUUCAGAUGGAGAGGGAUGAUAAAGUCCCCUUGAUUGACGUCUUCGGUAUCAACGCAUUAGGGUUCUACCUGCCAACUCUCCUGCAGGGAGAUGUUGGAUACAAUCAACAAAUGAGCCGACUCAUUACAGCAAUAAGCAGCACUGUUUACGUAUUUUGCAGCUUUGAUGAUGAUAUGGGAAAAGUGGCGACGGCCAUGUUUAUUCUCUACCAUGUCUUUUUCGGCCUAGGGUACUCGAGUGUCCCUUGGGUCUACAGCGCCGAAGUGAGCUCUCUUGGGUGGCGCACGAGAGGUGCUGCCGCGGCAACAUCGGUCAACUGGCUGGGUGGAUUUGUUGUCGUCCAAUUCACCAAGGUCGGUCUCGACAACUUGCAGUGGCGAUUCUUCCUCAUGUUUGGCAUCUUCUGUUUCGCCUUUGGCCCCGUCGUAUAUUUCUUCUACCCGGAGACCGCCAACAGGACUCUGGAGGACAUGGACCAGAUAUUCAUCCACAAUCCCUCAGCUUUCGUCUUCACAGACAGGGCUGCGACACAAUCAAAGCGGCCAGAUAUUCUUAUCGAAGCAGAGACUGCGCGGAUAGCUCAAAUCGCAAACAGGUCGCAGGAGGCGACGUUGUCUGAAAACGAAAAGAAUGCAACGGACACCAACGUCUAG